UGCCAAGCAAAUGUUGUAAAGCGGAGCAGACUAACAGGACAGAUGGCACACACACACACAUACAUGCAUACACACACACACACACACACACACAAUGCUCCUUUAGCUUGUCCCACACAAACCACAAUGGAUAUUGUUUGAAUGGGAAUUUCUGAUCAGUAAGCAGAUUAGUUUAUACUUAAAAGCUGAAAGUAAGUUAUUGUUUUUUUUAAUUUUGUUAUUCAAUGUAACGCCAGAAUCAGGUGGGAUUGUUAUGAAGAUGUGUUUAAGAGGAUGUUUAGCACUUGUCAUCCUCACUACUGUGGUCAGUGCAUUUCAUGCCGAUUGGGCAGAAAUGGGAUCUGGGAUUCAGGAGUCAGAGGAAGUGGAACAGCGUUUGAAUCCUUUCACCCGAAAGGUGGACUUGUUGAAGCUCUUGUCCAGUCUCGUGCCACAGAGUAAAAACGUGUCUCUUUUCGAGGAUAAUGAGGGAUGCUCGGUGCUGAAUAUCGGACUCUACUCGACCCUGACCCUGCCGACGAGACAAGGCUUUGGCCCGAGCUUUGUAGAUGAGUUCAGUGUACUCCUUCAGCUGCGCAGCUCUCAGGAUGUGGACCGCAGCAUCCUGACCAUCCUGGACUUUUACAACGAGGUGACACUUCAAAUUCGCCUCCGUCCCUCAGGUUUCACCUUCAUCACUGCCCAUCAACACGACUACGAGUUUUUAGUGUCAGGCCUGUCUGAUUCACAGUGGCACUGGGUCUCAGUGGGAGCCUCACUGGAAUAUCUGGCUGUCUAUGUGAACUGUGUGUUGGUGGAGAAAGUCAGAUGGACCUUCCCAUACUUAGGUAUCCCUACAGACGGUCUGCUGAUGGUCGGGGGCAUCCUGCAGGGCUUUGAGACGCCUUUUGAGGGGGAAAUCAGGCAGAUGACGUUCAUCAUGGGCGACGGCAGAGCUGCUAAAAAUCAUUGCAGACUCCAUCAGCCGGUGUGUGGCGCCUCAAUGGACUCCAAAACGUCUCGUAACACACAGACUCUAUCACUGUCCUCAACCAGCCUGAUAGAAGACCCAGAAUCCUUCAGUGGGGGAACAGAUCCCUUUACUACGACCACCAUUCGAAAUCCCAGGCCUCAAACGGAGGAAGCGGACAUGCUGGAUCCUCUCAAUUUCAUUCCCCUUGAUGAUCUGAACCCUCCAUCCCAGAGGGGCGAUUUCAAGCCGACUGAAGGUUUCCGAGUGCUGGAGGAUUCCAAGAGGCACAAAUCCCCUCAAAUCACCUCCUACACCAGGAUAAAGGGCAACACUAAGAACCAGGCCCAGUCCACCACUGCUAAAUCCACAGCGGAGGACCUUCUCUCGCAAAAACGAACAGAUCUGGUGGAUGUAGUUCAUUCAAAACCCUCAGAGGACAUCAUCGACCUGGAUUCCUCAACUGAUACCAGGCGUGUAAAUCUGAACCAUGUGCAUCCACAGUUUCCUGACCUAAAUCUGACAGAAGAGGACCUGUUACCUUCAGGGACAUACAUCACUUCUGAAUCUGUCACUCAGGGCCAAGGCUCCAGGGACUUCCUCAGCCAGAAAGGCCAGGGAAAACCUGAAACCCAUCAUGAUAGAUCGACACACCAAAGCAUGACAAGGAGCCCACCUAAACACGGAGAUCUGAUCACAGGAUCUGAUGGCAAGAAGUAUCGAAUGCUGAGAGGACCUCCAGGAUCGGCUGGCCGUCCAGGGAAAACAGGUUGUGCCGGGCCUAGAGGAUACGUUGGAUUUAAAGGAGACAAGGGAUCUCGAGGAGAAAGAGGGCGAGAUGGUCCAGAGGGUAGCCCAGGUCCUCCAGGACCGGCAGGAUUACCCUCGCUCUACCUAUGGCACAACACUCAGGAGGAAUGGGCUGCAUUCACGAGAACUUCAUAUUACCAUUUGCUAAUGGCAGGAUGGCCUAGAGAGACCGGGCCUCCUGGGCCAGUGGGGCAAAUGGGAAGUCCUGGACCACCUGGGAUGCCGGGAGAGCCAGGAGAAAGAGGACCUCCAGGUCGACAAGGUGACAUGGGUGACAUGGGUCCAAAGGGUGUGCGUGGCCGAGCAGGGACCUCAGGGAGAGAUGGAGAGAAUGGGCUGGAUGGAGAACCAGGUUCUCCAGGAACACCUGGUCUGCAGGGACUUCGGGGGUAUAAAGGAGAUUCAGCGCCUCCUGGAGACAAAGGAGAGCUGGGUUUCCCAGGUGCUCCAGGGCCGAGGGGGGACAGAGGAGAGACUGGAUUAAAGGGUUCAAAGGGUGAAGUUGGGUCUACAGGCUCUGUCGGCCCUCCAGGCCCUGUGGGUAUCAGAGGAGUUGAAGGGCUUCCUGGACCGCCUGGGCCAGAGGGUGAUCCUGGGCAUGAUGGGAAACAUGGUCCUCCUGGAGCAACGGGAGCUCCAGGGGCUACAGGGAUGGUUGGGGCUCAGGGAGUUAAUGGCUCUGAAGGAGAUUUUGGACCUGCAGGUGCAGUUGGACGAAAAGGCCCUCAGGGUCCUGCUGGGAUACAAGGAAUCAGAGGCCUCCCUGGUCUGCCAGGUCCCCAGGGACCACCAGGAAAUGAUGGACCUCGCGGGCUCAAAGGUCACAUAGGACAGGAAGGUCCAGUGGGAAACAGAGGACUAUAUGGAAGUGAAGGGCCAACGGGCCCAAUUGGAGAUCCAGGUCCGAAAGGGUUUCCAGGCAACACAGGCAGCAGAGGUCCCGAUGGAGAGAGAGGUGAUCCUGGACCAAAAGGAGAAAGAGGUGCGCCUGGAGCACCGGGCAUUAUGGGUCCUCAGGGGGAGAGAGGUCAGUCUGGAUUUUCUGGCUUACCUGGAGUCCAAGGUCAACCAGGAUCUCCAGGUAUACAGGGUGAAGAUGGUGAAGUGGGUCCCCAGGGAAUGAUCGGAAAGGAGGGUCUAAAGGGGAGUAGGGGAGAAUCUGGACGCAACGGAAGACCGGGAACCAGAGGACAACGGGGAAGAGCAGGGCAACAUGGGCCCCCUGGUGGGUCUGGACUUCCGGGUCUCAGAGGCCCACCAGGGACUGAGGGAGCAGAAGGAAAGCCUGGUACACAGGGUGUUCCCGGUUCGGUUGGAAGCCCAGGAGAUAAAGGGCCUAAAGGUUUCCAUGGAUUAGCUGGAGAACCUGGAAAAACCGGAGCCAUGGGUUCACCGGGCUCGCCUGGUCGACCCGGUCAAGAUGGCAUCCCAGGAGCCCCAGGAGAGAGGGGUUUAUCGGGAACGCCAGGAGCCGAAGGGCCGCAGGGGUCUGUGGGGAUGUAUGGAUAUCCAGGGGCGAGAGGCUUACAGGGAAGGCCUGGCCAUAUGGGAGAACAAGGUGAACCUGGAGUGAGAGGAACUGUUGGGAAACCUGGACAGAGGGGACCCCCUGGUCCUCCUGGUCCACCUGGAGAGAGAGGCCCACCUGGACCUCAGGGACGCCAAGGUGAAUUAGGAGCGACUGGUAUACAAGGACCACCUGGUUCAGCAGGCCUGCCUGGUACUGUGGGGACACCAGGGAAACCAGGUCCUCCUGGCAGUUUGGGACCUCAAGGGCCAAAUGGAAAAACGGGGCCUGUUGGAUUGCCAGGAGCACCAGGAGCUGCUGGGAGAGUCGGACUAUCAGGAGAGAAAGGACAGCAGGGAGCUCAAGGACCUCCAGGUGACACUGGAUCCACUGGUCUGACUGGACAGCAGGGAUUUCCUGGUCCUCAGGGGUUAGAAGGGGCAUCAGGGAGAAAGGGGGAACAUGGCUCAGCCGGGUCUGUUGGGAAGCCUGGACCACUAGGAAUUCCUGGAGAGCCGGGGCAACAAGGCCCUCAAGGGAUCCAGGGAGAGAGAGGGCCGAGUGGGAAAGAGGGGGCUGCGGGACUUGUGGGCAAUAUUGGAAAUCCAGGCCCUAAAGGACAGAAGGGUGACCCUGGGUUACGGGGAGUCCUGGGGGAUGCAGGGCCUCCAGGAUUCUUUGGGGUCAAAGGCGAAAGAGGGCGAAAGGGUGAUAAAGGCUAUUCUGGAUUUCGAGGUCCGAAUGGACUGAUGGGGAAAACUGGACCAGCAGGAUUAUUAGGAUUAGAGGGUAUAACAGGAUUCAGAGGAUCUUCAGGUCAAGAUGGCCAACCAGGGCCAAAGGGUGAUCCAGGCAUUAAUGGGGUGACAGGAGCUUUGGGAGAACCUGGAAAGCAGGGGGCAAGUGGACCAAGAGGACGGAAGGGAGAGAUGGGAAACCCUGGACCACAGGGCGAUCCUGGUCCCAGAGGCUCUGAAGGCUUGACAGGACCUAAAGGUUUACCAGGAGCUGAAGGUUUAAAAGGUGACGCAGGCAGACCAGGACCUUCAGGAGAGCCGGGUUCAGAUGGUUUUCCUGGUAUCAGAGGGCCUCCUGGACUUCCAGGAUUGAUGGGGCUUCCGGGAGAGAUGGGAGAUCAGGGGGCUGUUGGGCCUCCAGGACCUCAGGGUCCGAAGGGCAGACCUGGGCUUGAUGGAAGGGAUGGACAGAAAGGUCAGAAGGGGAAGGAUGGCCAAGACGGACAGUCUGGGAGUACCGGGGAUCCCGGACGUCCGGGGAAAAGAGGGAAAGCUGGACAGAAGGGACCGAGAGGGAUCAGAGGAGCGAAGGGUCACCCGGGGCCUUUGGGGUGGACUGGACCACCAGGAAGACCAGGUCCAUACGGUUCACUGGGUGUAAAAGGAGAAAAGGGAGAAAAAGGUGUACAAGGACCACAGGGAGAAAAGGGGGAAAUGGGACUGUUUGGACCACCAGGGGGUGAUGGAGCAAAGGGUCAGAUGGGAUUAGUUGGAGAAAUUGGCAGAGACGGUCCGAAAGGAGAGCAGGGUGAUAUCGGACCGCCGGGGCGAAGAGGGAACCUCGGUCUACCAGGAAUGCCUGGCCUGUUUGGAGAAAAGGGUUUGAAGGGGUUUCCUGGUCUUCCUGGACGUGCAGGAAAUAUAGGGCUACCUGGACCACCCGGUCCUCCAGGACCCCCAGGAUUGUCUCUUAACCUUACAAUGGCUCAGUUAAAGGACCUUAUGCACCAAUCAGACAGGCCCAACUACCCUCUCAUCAGAACACUACUCAGCUCUUUACAGCAAGACCUGCGGCUUUUCAUAGAUCCACCUGAUGGCACUAAAGAGCACCCAGCGACCACCUGCUUGGAGUUGAUGAUAUGUCACCCCAACUACACCAAUGGAAUGUAUUAUAUCGAUCCAAACCAAGGCAAUCCUGCUGAUGCUCUUCUAGUCUACUGCAGCUUCAGUUUAGGAGGCCAGACGUGUCUUUCUCCACUCCGGUCACAGGUCCCAGUGAAAGCCUGGCUAAAAGACUCACAGGAGGAUUCUUUCACUUGGCUGAGUAGGACAGAGCAAGGCUUUCAGUUUGAGUAUACUGAAACCAGCGUGGUGCAGAUGAGGUUCCUGCGGCUAAACAGUAAGCAGGUCACACAGAACAUUACCUUCUCCUGCGGGCGAGGGAGCAGGCAGGGAUCAAGCGAGAGAGAAAUCAAAUUUCUUGCCGAUUCUCGGAGGCAGAGUUUCCUGGGGACGUUACUAGAUUGUGUGUCAAUAGAGGAGCUGAACACGAGAUCUCAAGAGUCGGUGUUCCAGUUUGAAACCGAAAACCUGGAGCUUUUGCCGAUCAGAGACUUGGCGUUGUUUGGACGCAGUGACCUUGCAGAAGACUUUGGAUUUACUGUAGGACCUGUGUGCUUCAGCUAGAAACGUCAAGAAGACACACACACACACUCCCUACAGACUGCUGACUGCUGAGCUGGUGUUAAUUGGUCCCUCAUUAAACACGGCCGCAUUUGCAGACACAAAGGAGAGAAGCAAUUCUUCAAGCUCUAGCCAUAUCGGACCUUGUUGUCUUUUAACAAAAAAGAAAAAUGAACCAGCUGACACUUUCCACUUUCUUUUACCUUCUAGUUUACCAAGGGUUGCCAAGUGGCACUGAUACUUUGCUGCAAACGUUGUUGAAAUGAACUGUUUUGUUUUUGUUGUACGGUGUUUACAAUGUUCUUUGUUUUGUUUUUAAUCAGCGCUUCUUAUUUAUACCAUGCUCAUGUUAAUAGUACAUGAAUUCAUCGUCCAGGUUUCUCGUCAAGCUAUCGAUACUGUACAAUCGCCUGGUUUGCUCGAAGGCGCACUCACAUUCCAGGUUGGACGCAACUUACGACCAAACGCACUGUGAUCUUGGCUGAAGUUUAGGAUGAAAAGCUGGCAUCAUAAAUGAAACGAAUAAUAUGUGUAACUGUUGCAUCGCAUUGUGUCACAGCACACGGAUAAUUGUCGGGUUUAUGAACAUUAAUUAUUUCUGAGGUCAACGUGUCACGUCAGAUCGUGUAGGGUUUAUUUACGGUGCUGCUCUCUGAGGUGCUUUUUGUUCAGGUCCUUCUUCUUUUUUUUGUUGAAGAUCAUAAUGUUCAAGAUAUGUUAAUUUAUAUGCUGGUCAUUGAAUUAAUGACAUUAUGACAAAGAAAUUUACAUAUUCUAUGCAAUGUAAUAAACAAU